AUGAGUUCAUAUCUGCGGAAACUCAAGAUUGGUCCAUCCAUAUCAUCAGAUUCAGUGCACAAUAAAGAAGAUGAAUUUGAAAACAAAGAGAUGGAACGCAGUAAAGUCAUGAGAUCAAUUGUGGAAAUUCAAGAUCCCACUGCAAAGGAUGUGGACAACUCUAUGAUCUGUAGAUUUCUCCGGGCCCGUGAUCUGGAUCCUGAAAAGGCUUCAUCUAUGUUUCUCAAGUACCUAAAUUGGAGGAAAGAAUUUGUUCCAAAUGGAUCCCCUAUCGUAAUUGCCCUUUCUGGUCGCCAUAAGCCUACCAGCGUGGAAGAGUUCAAACGUUUUGUUACUUACACACUUGACAAAGUAUGUUCUAGGAUGCCAAGUGGGCACGAGAAGUUUACUGCGAUCGCAGAUUUAGAAGGAUGGGGAUAUUCUAACAGUGACAUUCGUGGGUACGUAGCAGCUCUCUCGAUUUUACAGGAUUGCUACCCAGAGAGACUAGGCAAGUUGUUUAUAAUUCAUGUGCCUUACAUAUUCAUGACUGCUUGGAAGGCUUUUUACCCAUUCAUUGACAAAAACACUAAGAAGAAGAUAACUUUUGUAGAAAACAAAAAACUGGAACUGACCCUGCUUCAACACAUUGAUGAGAGUCAACUACCGGAAAGAUAUGGAGGCAAACUACAAUUAGUUCCCAUUCAAGAAUCUUGA